GAGGAGAUGUCAGGUUGUUGAGACGCUGCAAGAAGAGUCUGGGAGUGAGAGAGAAAGAGAAGAAACGGCAGAAUUCCGAACCAAGCAAAAAGAAGACAGACAGACAGACAGAAAGAAAGAAAAAGAAGAAAAAGAAAAAGGACAAAAGAAAGAAAAAAAAACGGAAAGAAAAUCAACAACAACAACAAUACCAGAGGAAGAAGAGUAAGGAGGAGGAGGAGGAGGAAGGAGAGAAAAACGAAGAAGAAAAAAAGCAGAAUUAAGAGCUUUACAAGUUUUAAUAUUUGCGAAAUGUGUUUAACGUGAACUGUAUCGGAUAACGACACGUAGCUGUGAUAUUUUACUAGUUGUGGUAUAUACACAUACAUACAUACAUACAUACAUACAUACAUACAUACAUACAUACAUACAUAUAUAUAUGUGUGUGUAUGUGUGUAUGUAUGUAUAUAUAUAUAUCACAUAUAUACAUACAUAUAUAAACAAAAAUGUAUAAGAACUUUUAAAUAAGUUCCUCACCGAUAAUGAUGUUUUCAUACCGAAGGGCUUGGUAAAAAUUAUUAAUUAUUGAUUUGUUAAUAAAUUAAUAAAUUGAUAAUCCUUUACCCUUUUAAUUGCAAUAUACAUACAAAUAUAUAGGAUACAAUAUAAUUCAUUAUAAUCACACACAAGCCACAUACACUAUGUAACACUGGUAUACGUACACCUCAACAACAACAGCAAUAAUAAUAAUAACAAUAAUAUUAAUAAUGAUGAUGAUGAUGAUGAUGGUGGUGAUGGUGAUUUCUUUAAUAAUAAUAAUAAUGAUAUGAACGAAUAUGCAUAUGUACUAGCAUACGAUGAAAUAGAAUUUGUACAAAUACUUGAAAAAACAAAAAGAAAAAACUGACAUAGAUGCGAAUGAUAAGGAUAAAAAGAAAAAAUAACAAACAAAACAAAACGGAAUAAUACUGUCUGAACAUUGAGAGUCGUGGGUUUGAAACCGUGAUGAUGAAUUGAAUGAAAAUUACUGUAAUAAUGGUUACUAUUAUUAUUAUUAUCAUUGCUGUGACCGCGAAGCGAAACCGGAAAUCUGCUGCUUACGAGAAAACACUGAAAAUUUAACGCUUUUUAUUGACUUAUUUUCUUCAAUUCGUUAUUUCCGUUUUUUUUUUUUUAAAAAAAAGAAAAACGUCGUUUUGUAUUUUACAUAUUUAUCACUGAACAAACCUUACAUACAUACAUACAUACAUACAUACAUACAUGCACACACAUUGAGGCACGGGCACGCGCGCACACACACACACACGCAUACGGACACGCCGCCCGUAGUUAUACAACAAUAUGCUUUCGUUAUAUUUAUUAUUAUGAUGUUUUUUUUUUCUUUAAUUUUUCAUAUUUUCUAUUCUGCUGAAUGAAAAAAACAUAUUCUACAUACAUACAUACAUACAUACAUAUAUAUAUAUAUAUAUAUAUAUAUAUAUACAAACACAUAUACACACAUACACAGAAAUACGGUCACAUACACACAAACACUUAAGCAAACAAAAGCAGCCGGGGCCAUUCAGAGACGAACGUACACACACAACCUUGUACACACACACACACACACUGCUGUCACGAAGCAGUCGUCGCCCGUACUCGAACUUACAUCAAUCAAAACUUCUUCUAGAAGGAGCGGACGUUGUUUCUUGUUAACAGCCAAACAACGGCCGGGCUUCCGAUCGCCUGCUCGGUGUUAAAACAGCCAAUAUUUGGAUAACUAACUACAAUCCCUGUAACUGUCCCCAUUAUUUGGUCAUCCAUAUCUCCGUCCGCUCUACCAUUUAUCCAUCCAUCCACCCAUCCAUCCAUCCAUUCGUCAAACCAGCCAGCCAGCCAGAUUUCCAUCAAGUCAACCGACCAACUGGGAAACCAUCCAUGCAGUGAUCUCUGUAUCAGACUAUUUAUGUCCAUGUCUGUCCGUGUUUGUCUAACUGAACUUCGGUUACAAUCAACAUACUGAUGCAUCUACUACAUUCUUACCUGAUACAAGCACAGUAUAUAUCGGAGUAAGUCUAUCUAUCUAUCUAUCUAUCUAUCUAUCUAUCUAUCUAUCUAUCUAUCUGGCCAUCUGUCUUCUAAGCACUCCACAAUAAGCUGGCAUAAAAUGACUGCAGAAAGCACCCAGGUGGACAGUGAUUUGUCCCCCGGGCCGCAAACCAAUGGCGCCAAUAAAAUCAGCAGUAGCAACAACAACAACAACAACAACAACACCUCAAAUCUCAACAACAACAACAACAACAACAACAGCACCAGCAAUAACCAAAGCUGUCCAAAUAAAAAAAUCAACAGCACAAUUAAAUUGAACGUAGGUGGAGGCGGUGUGAUCGCUACCAACAACAACAACAACAACAACAACAACAACAGUAGCAACAACAGCAGUCAUCAACAUCACCAUCACCAUCACCACCACCACCACAACCACAGUAACAGUAAUAAUAAUAAUAAUAAUAAUAAUAAUAACAACAGUAACAACAAUAGUAGUAGUAAUAAUAAUAAUAAUAAUAAUAAUAAUAAUAAAAACAACAGUAACAACGGCCACGGCAAUAGCAGUAAUAACAGGAAAUUUAAUUCGUACAGUAUUGACGAUAUACUUGGGAUGAGGGGACCGAAAUGGACCCCACGAGGGGAUUUGACAGGCGAACGGAACCCAACUAUUCUUAAAGGGGAGUGUACGAAUAUAGUCGUAGCUGACAGUUGCACAGAUGUACCGAACCGUACCCACUUCGACGAAACUUCGGCCUUAGUUACGACGGACAUGUGUUCUUACGGUGCCAGCGAGAGCAACAGCAUGACCGACAGCAGGAAAGAACAUUGUCAGCCGCCAUCUUUGCAGUCGGCUCAGAGCCUUGAGGACGCCACCAGUCCGGGCGUCGGUGAUAGCCUCAUGCAAAGUGGACACAUGAAUGGUGACGAUGGUGGCGUGUCCAGCCCCAAACCUCGGAAGAUUCGACGAAGCCGCACCACAUUUACGACGUAUCAGCUCCACCAAUUGGAGCGUUCUUUCGAGAAGACGCAGUACCCGGAUGUGUUUACCAGAGAAGAACUGGCAAUGAGACUUGAUCUCAGUGAAGCUAGAGUACAGGUUUGGUUUCAAAACAGACGCGCAAAAUGGCGUAAACGAGAAAAAGCGAUGGGUCGCGAGAGUCCAACAUUUUUAUCAAAUGAACACAUCCAAUCACUGCCAGACGUAAGCUCUCUCGCUGGAUCUACACAUUUCAAGAGCACAGCAAGUGAUUCCUUCUGGCAAAACCGUUUCCCUCAUCUCACCGGAGUCAGCCCGUUCCUAACAUUGCAUCAUCAACCUGGCUUCUCUACAAUAGCACCGUCCUGCAUUCCUGGGAAACUACCAUUUGGAGGCCUCCUAUCGAAUUAUGUGGGUGCCUCCAGUGGUACGCCAAGUGUUUUGCCAAAUAUCCUUCUUAACAGUAGUAUGAUACCAAGUCCACAUAUCAGCCACUCACCCGUAAGAUUCACCUUUGACCCUGAUGUGGUUGAUAUGAGAAAAUCCAGUAUUGAUAACUUGCGUUUCAAAGCCAAAGAACAUUCGUCCACCAUGGACCAUAUUCCGAUGCUAGCUCAUGCACAUCAGGAAUUGGCCAAGUCAUAAUUGAGAAGAAACGAUUUCCAUUGUAACCCAUCUCCCCACCCGUUCCUUCCAUUUUGCUUUCUUCUUCGUGUCUUUUUUGCCCUUUCUAUUACCCUACACACACACACACACACACACACACACACACUCACAUCCUACGUAUAUAGAUAUAUAUGUAUGUAUAUACAUAUCUAUAUAUAUUUGUACAUAUAUCUAUAUAUAUAUA